UAUAGCCUAGCACUUUGUUGGUGAAGGAAGGAAGCAUUUGAGGUGUGAAGCAACCAAUGGGGUUACAGAACCACCCAGCUGACGUGUCAUCCGAAUCAAUCCUCUUUUUCACGGUGCUGCUCCUCGCCAGAAGUGCAAGUUAUCUCCAAUCGCUUCUCCUCGCUAUCGUGCGCAGGCUGAGCAUCUUCCCACGCCUUCGCCGUUCCGGCGGAUCUCUCUCCACGGAGACCAGCCUCGUCGCCGUCCUCCGCGACCAAUUCGACGAGAUCGGCGGAGGUUUGGAUGCGGAGUGCGUGGUGUGCCUGAACCGGCUUGGCGAAGAGAACCGCCUGCGUAGGUUAGCGUGCCGCCACGUCUUUCACAAGGAUUGCUUGGACCGGUGGCUGGACUACCUCAACUUCACGUGUCCGCUCUGCCGAGCGCCGCUGGACACCGGCGGCGCUCACGCGCUGCGCUUCGUGGAAGAAGAACUCCGCGCGUGAUUCCAUAGCAUCAAAGCUUUGAUCCACUGCAGCCUGUUGAGGAGAAGUCAUUCCAUUUCCGGGAUGAGCGCCGGAAGCAGCAGCAUCUUCCAGCGCCUGUUUAUAUGCAUAACAGCGCCAUCCUGCCGCGCCAUGAACAAUAAACCAUUGUCAUAAACAUCUAGUGUCUAAGCAAAAACAAGGUGCUAAUAUUGGAAUCACCUUCUGUGUUGUAAGGAGGUGGGAAGAACUGGAGGUAGCAAAAGGUUGCGACCACGAGACCUGAAGAGAUGCGCGCCGAUGUCAGUGAGAUAAAUUAACCACUUAUAGAUUAUCGUUCUGCAGAUUUGAAGGGAAUAUGGACGCACCUAGAAGACCCCCAGCAAACACGUCUUGCCAGUGAUGCCAGUAGUCAUCCACACGAGAAACCGCAACAAGACAUGCUAGGAGGAUGGGAAAGAAAACAAUGCACAGUUUUGCUACGUGGCCUCUACGAUCGAAGCAUUUGAUUUUUCCUGACAAGUAGAGUGAGAGAAAGCCGAGACCAGCAAAUGACCCUGAGACAAAUGCAGAAAAAUUAUUACAUGACUAUGACCGUGCUUACGUAGGAUCACAAUGUGGAAAGGUUAAGUCAGAAGCAAGAAGAUUAACUUACAUGAAGUAUGGCCACUGGGAAAACUUUUAUGGCCCUCUUUUAUAUCACCCGGAUCGCCAUGGCAUAUCACAUUGCCAAAUCGAUCGUAUUGCUGAUUACAGGAAAAUUAAUGUAUGUUCAGUAA